AUGUCAUUGACUGCACCUUCACCAACAUCGCAACCACAGCAACCUGCUGCACAACCAAACUCAACAAUACGCGUCGGUGUAAAACCUUCCCCACACACAACGUCCAGCAAGCGUGUCGCUUCACCAACACCGCUAUUCGUACACCCCACCACGCCUCAUAAGAGAGCAAGAACAGGAAAUAUCACGCUUUCAAAGAUUGGCAGAGGAACGUUCGGUCAAGUGUUCAAAUGUCAUGAUCUUCUUUUGGAUAAACAAUGUGCUGUCAAAGUCAUUCGAAGCGCACCAAAGUAUCGAGAAUCGGGCAAAAUUGAGUUGAGAGUACUGGAAAAGCUUCAGGAGACCAAAUGUGCCAAUGACAACAAAUGCGCUGAAAUACGUGCACAUUUCUUCCAUGAUCAACACAUUUGUAUGGUUUUUGAUCUACUCGCCAAGUCCGUCUUCGAUUUCUUAAAGAUGAACAAGUUCUUGCCCUUCAAAUUGAAGCACGUGAGGAGCAUAGCUCAUCAAUUGCUGCAAGGUGCUGCAUAUCUCCACAAGUUAAAGCUUGUUCACACCGACAUAAAACCAGAAAACGUGAUGCUAGUCGAUGCAACAUCGCAAUUGGAGCGCUUCACCAUGAUUAAGGAUAAAGGUGCUGACAAGCAGGCGUUUGUACGAUACAUCCCACAUAGCAGCGAUGUCCAGCUUGUUGAUUUUGGAUCAGCGACAUUCGAGAAUGAAUUUCAUGCAGCGACUGUAUCCACUCGUCACUAUCGUGCCCCCGAGGUGAUACUAGGCGUUGGGUGGUCGUAUCCUUGUGAUAUUUGGUCAAUCGGCUGCGUCGCCAUGGAGAUGUUCACUGGCAACGCGUUAUUUGAUACCAAAAAUGAUGAUGGAGAGCAUCUUGCUAUGAUGGAAAAAGUCCUUGGUCACUUUCCAAAAAGCAUUAUACAAAAGGCGAGCUCCCAAUCACAACAAUUUUUUGAUGACGAUGGACGUGUACACGCUACUCAGCUGCAUAAUCAAGUUGAAGCUUUGGAUGCCAUGAUUAUUCCACAAACGAGCGAGCAUCGCCGAUUGUUUAUUGAUCUUAUCCACAUGGUGCUUGCUCUUGAUCCUAGCAAACGUAUCACUGCAGAGGAGGCGUUACAACAUCCUUUCUUUGACCGGGAAUAUGAUAAAAUGAUUGCUGAGGAUGACGAUUGA